CUGUUUUCAUGAUAGAAUUUACCGAAAUACGCUAUAUGCUAUGCAAUGUAGGGGUCACCUAUGCAUGUGUAAAUGAAGUUGAAGACAAAAAGCUCAUGAGGUCACCACCCCUCGUCCUAUCUCUCAACCUACACUUUCCUUUAUCAUUGUAUCUCCACUCUUUCCGCAUUCACAUCUCCACAAGCAAAGCCAUAGAAAUUAAGUGUUCAUAGAAGACAUUGAUUAGAAAGUAUAUAAACCAAGGGGAAGCAGAAAAAGAAGCAGCACCUUAGGACCAGUUGCAAUCAACAGUUAAGUGGUAUCUUGAGGGAGUCCUUGUUUGGAGCCAGAAAAUGGCCAAGAUGCUGGGCCUCUUGUUCAUGAUUGGAGCAAUGUUGUUUGGUGUUGGAGCUGAACCAGUUGAAGAUAAACAAGCAUUGCUUGAUUUCCUUCAAAGCAUUAACCACUCUCAUUAUCUCAACUGGAAUAAGAGCACUUCUGUGUGCAAAAGGUGGAUAGGAGUGAUCUGCAACAAUGACCAAUCACAAGUAAUAGCUCUUCAUUUGACCAGAACUGGAUUGAGUGGUCCAAUUCCUCCCAACACUCUUAGCCGUCUCUUGGCACUGGAAACUGUGAGUCUUGCAUCAAAUAGCAUAACUGGUUCUUUCCCUACUGGUUUUUCUCAGCUAAAGAAUUUGACCUAUCUCUAUCUCCAAUCCAACAAUUUUUCUGGUCCAUUGCCAUCAGACUUUUCAGUUUGGAAGAAUCUUAGUAUUGCCAAUUUAUCCAACAAUUCUUUCAAUGGGAGCAUCCCAUUCUCACUCUCAAAUUUGACUCAUCUCACUUCUUUAGUCCUAGUCAACAACUCUCUUUCAGGUGAAGUUCCUGAUCUCAAUAUCCCUACCCUGCAAGAGCUAAAUUUAGCCAGCAAUAACCUUAGUGGGGUUGUGCCUAAAUCCCUUGAGAGAUUUCCAAGUGGGGCAUUUUCUGGUAACAAUCUUGUUUCUUCACAUGCACUUCCUCCUUCUUUUGCUGUUCAAACCCCAAAUCCUCAUCCAACAAGGAAAAAAUCCAAAGGGCUUAGGGAACCAGCAUUGUUGGGAAUCAUCAUUGGUGGUUGUGUGCUGGGAGUUGCAGUGAUAGCAACUUUUGCGAUUGUGUGCUGCUAUGAAAAAGGUGGUGCAGAUGGACAACAAGUGAAGUCUCAGAAAAUAGAAGUAUCUAGGAAAAAAGAAGGUUCCGAAAGCCGAGAGAAGAACAAAAUUGUUUUCUUUGAGGGUUGCAAUCUUGCAUUUGACUUGGAGGACUUGUUGAGAGCAUCUGCUGAGGUGCUUGGAAAGGGCACGUUUGGGACAGUUUAUAAGGCUGCUCUAGAAGAUGCAACAACGGUGGCAGUGAAGAGGUUGAAGGAUGUCACGGUCGGAAAACGUGAGUUUGAACAGCAGAUGGAGAUGGUGGGGUGCAUUAGGCACGACAAUGUGGCUUCACUGAGGGCAUAUUACUAUUCAAAGGAGGAGAAACUUAUGGUAUAUGAUUACUACGAACAGGGCAGUGUCUCUUCAAUGUUGCAUGGCAAAAGAGGGGGAGGCAGAAUUUCAUUAGACUGGGACAGCCGUUUGAAAAUAACAAUUGGUGUAGCAAGAGGCAUUGCUCACAUCCAUGCUCAACAUGGAGGGAAACUAGUCCAUGGAAACAUAAAGGCAUCAAACAUCUUCCUCAACUCCCAAGGAUACGGUUGUCUAUCCGACAUUGGUCUUGCAACAUUGAUGAAUCCAGCAUUGAGGGCAACAGGAUACCGUGCACCGGAAGCAACUGACACACGAAAAACAUUGCCAGCAUCCGAUGUCUACAGCUUCGGGGUGCUUCUGCUUGAACUUCUAACAGGGAGGUCUCCCUUACAUGCCAAGGGAGGUGAUGAAGUUGUCCACUUGGUUAGGUGGGUGAAUUCUGUAGUUAGAGAGGAGUGGACUGCAGAGGUGUUUGAUGUGGAUUUACAAAGGUAUCCAAAUAUUGAGGAGGAAAUGGUUGAGAUGCUACAAAUUGGAAUGGCAUGUGUUGUGAGAACACCAGAUCAGAGGCCAAAAAUUGGUGAGGUGGUGAGAAUGGUUGAAGAAAUUCGUAGACUAAUAAACACUGAAAAUAGAUCAUCCACUGAGUCUAGAUCAGAAGGUUCCACUCCAAUCCCUCAUGCAAUUGAGACACCUUCUACAUCUUUUGCACAUUGAGAUUCUCUUUUGGAUUAUUAGUCAACAAGUUGUUAAAAGAUGUAAUUUAGUGAUCACUGUCUCAAUUUCAAUUUUGACUAUAACAUGGAGCAGUGAAGUAGGUAAAAGAAAAUUGGUGCUAAGUAGUUAACCUACCAGACUUAGGUUAUGUUAAAGUUUCAAGUUGGGUCCCUCGAUUUGGUGUUGUAUUGUACUAAUUAUUUAGUCAGGGAAUCUUGUUGUUUUGCCAUGAUUUUGGGGUUGUGCUCCACAUUUGUCCUCUCCUCUUUCCCCGCAAAAUUGAAAGGUGCAUGGGAUUUGAUCACAAAAUUAAAUAUUAUUCACGGAAUAAAAAGGAGGAUAAAGAAUGUAAAGUUGUUUCCA